AUGAGUUCGGUCAGCUGCGCCUGGACCUUGGCGAGUUUGGCGUCCUUAUUGUCUACGUCCAUAGCAAAACAGUACGGGGCGGCUCACAGAGUGGCAGGUAAUGCUUUGACGGUGUGUAGUGACUUCGGAAGGUGCAACAAAAAUUGUGGAGGCUUACUUUUGUACUUUUACGCCUUGCCAAACGGCUCGUGUGAGCUCUCUUCGGGGGUCUGGUCGGAAGUCCCAUCCUCGCCUAGCAUUCUGGCCGCUAGUGCUACUAGAGAUCCUAGCAACCUUAGCUCAAUCCGCUCGAGUGACAGCUUCCACACUGCCGACAAUUUUCUUAUGCCUCAAGUUCGAGUUUCUUCACCAACCCCCGCGGAUAUGUAUGAUCCAGACAAUUAUCACCUCCUGGCUUGUCACCAGAUCAAAUCUUUGCUAGACCUCCGUGCAGCGCCCGAGUGCUUCAAUCGUUAUGAGUUUAUGCCCCAGCACUUUGACGACUUUUACCAGUCAGCUACUUCAGCCCUAGUCCAUCAUUGGACUCGUCACCCUGCCGCCAACGCAAACAAACGUCAAGAUCGAGUUCGCUUGUUUCAGUUCAUCACUCGCCAAUACUGCACCAUGACUCGCCGAGUUGUGUAG